AUGUCAUUACCUCAGUCAUCAGCAACAGCACAUUCGACAGGACAUAGCUCUAUACCAAUUCAGGCUUUUGCAUCAGGUGGGAGUUCAUUGGCGAUAAAUACGCUUCUGAACAUUUCGGCGGUGGAUUCCUAUUCAAUCUUAACAACGAAUCAGUCCACUGUGAUACGACAACAAUCUAGCCAGCAACAGUCCAAUGUGGGAUCAGAAAUAGAGCAUGCUAUGGCUACACAAGUAGAGCAUUUUGAGGAUGCUUUUCAGAGGCUAAUUGGCCACAAUACAAACAUAGCAAGUUGUACACUUAGUAGAUCUAUGACGUCAGGAGUUAACACGGCGGCUACAGUAGCAGUGAGUUUAGAGGUGCCACCAGUCAGUAUGGUUAAUAAUCCUUUAUAUCAUGCCAUAUUCCAGGACAUCCGCAAUGAAUACUCAGUGCGAAAUCUCGAGCGAGACCAAGUAAUGUGGAACUCACAAGGGAAUUUUACCUUUGAUGGACGUCAGUUGCCUCCAUUGUCCCCUCCAUAUGGCACACCAGUGAUGAUGCUCGGAACGUCAUGGGGACAGCAAUUACCCUAUCAAAGAUUCCAGGCGCCGUGGCCGGUGACUCCAGGAAUGCAGGAGCAAGUUUUACCAAUGCAACAUCGAAAAGGAUCAGCGGUGGUCCCAUCACAACUGAGUGGACAAGAAGGUGCACCUAGGCUAACGUACAUACCACAGGGAACAACAGAUGUAGGUGUCCAAGCAACUGCGGGUGUAACAAUCAAUCAGGGCCCUGUUGGUACGGGAAACAAUCAAGGUGCUGUUAUUGAAAAUGCAAGGCAGACUGGUCAACACGUCUCUGGUAUUGUGGUUGCUGAUCCGCAAAUUGUUCCACCUCAUCAAACAUUGGAAGAGAAUAGAGAGGAACAACAGUGGAUGGAGUACGAAGCAAACCAAAUUCUGAAUCGAAAUAGGGCGCAAGCUAUUGGAAGACAUAUCAGAAACCAGAAUUUGGGAAAUAGGCAUAACCCACGUCACCAGCAUUUAUGGGGUCACGGAGGUGGUCGUCAACAGGUUGAUCUUGGUAACGAAGUUAGACAAGAACCGGAUGCAGCAGCGAACGAUAAUCAACAACAGAAUUUCGAGACAGGUGUUCAUCAGAUUUUAAACGCUGAGGAUGUGUUUUCAAGAAUGAUAGAAGACAAGAUCCAUAAGGAGUUGGGCAGAGAAAUUCCAGAGAUUCCAGGAAAACCAUGUCCCGGCUAUGUCGAAUGGGAGCCAUUGCCAAGGAACUUUAAGAUUCCCGAUUUUCAGCAAUUCUCAGGAGAGGAUGAGAAGAGACCCGAGGAUCAUAUAAAAAUUCGACAAAAGUUUGGAGAAACUGCGAAAGCUUAUUUGAUACGCUUUCGUCAAAUGUAUGCUAAGAUACCAGAUAAGUAUGACGAACCAACUAUUUUCAAGAUGGCAAUUGCUGGGAUUCAGGAUUACAAAGUCAAGUUGGGCGUCACACCGCAUUCUCUUCGACCUUUAAAUCAUUUGGCAGAUAUUGUAAGGAGAUGUGAGAAAGUCAUUAAAGAUAAAAGGGAGAAGAACCCGGGAAAGACGAAGCAAUGGUUCAACAAGGCCCCAAUAGCAGAAGUGAAUCAGAAUCAAUGGGUUCAUGAUGAGGACGACGAUGAAUAUGAGGUUAAUACCGCUGAAAUCGUCAAUGUCCGCAACUACACGUGUGACGCAUUGCGUCGCCCUACAGUUCCACAUUCUUAUAAUACUCCCCCACCGGUGGGCGCUCCGGCAGGCACCUCAGGGCAAGCUGGCGGAGCUAACAUUGGUAGAGCAUAUUCUUUCGACAUAUCGCAACAAGAGGCCAUUUUUUAUGACAUGUUCCAGAAAGGCCAUAUCCAGUAUAGAGGGGGAUAUAGACAACCAAAGCCGGCGGAUCUGGUUGGAAAGACGUAUUCAACAGAGUUUACAACAUCAAGGUUUGAAUGUAGAAGUUCUUCAGAUGCAGCAACGAGUGCCCGUACAAGGCUGGGGAAUAUCGUUGUUAACCCUAAGGCUAACUCGCCAUACCAAGUUCAUGAUACAAGACCAUCAGUGUGGCAACGGAUUCAGCGUUCCAGCCAAAGGGACAAAACCGAGCCAAGGUCAGUCAGAGCAGCACCCGUGUAUGACAGAGAAUGGCAUCACACUGUUCAUCCCAAGUCCCCUACUCCACCAUUAAGGAAAGAAAAGAUGACCAGGACACAGAAACAACGAUGGCAGAGGGUUGUGAAUAAACAAAAUAGGGGUGCAACAGGAAAAUUAGGAACGGUACAAGAGGAACAACCACUGUUAUCCCAGCAAGCAUCAAUGAAUAAGUUUUCAGGGCAGGAAGAUAGACGAUCACAGUUGUGGAGGAAAGUGGAUAUGUUUUUCCCACCAGUAAACAUGGUUUAUAUGUUAUCAAAGAAUUUUCGUCGGAAAGAACCUGCAACUGCAACAACUAUCAUCCUCAAAACUGUUGCAAACUCACUAGUUGUUCCUAAAGCAGCUUCGUUCGUUACGGUUUGGUGGUAUUCAACUGUUAUCUCAAGAAGUGAAGUAGGUCCAUACUGUCUUAUUGGGAUGGAUAAGUAUGGUCGGCCGCAACAGGCCACUAUGCGUCGUGAUAUGAGUCUUCCAGAAUGGAAGUUGCUGUUACAAGAAGUCAACAGGCCAUACAAUUACAACAUGUUAAGGCCGUUGCCAGAUGCUCCGUCUAUUGAAGAAGUAUUUAAUGAAGACAAUUGA